GGCCUCGUUACGUAGACCCAUCAAAACCAGUCCCCGGCGGCUACGAAUGCAAAAACCCUCUCCGUAACUCGCCUGCUUCGCUGAUCCAGACAUCCAGAGCGGGUCGUUGGAGAUUCACCAGAAAGGAGAAACCACCAAACCAUGGGUGCGUCAUCGGACAGCCCCGUCGCCAACUCGCCCAAGCCGGAUCAACACGAGGCUGCUCCUGAAGUUGACCUCGCUCAGGCACUCAGAGAGCUCGCAAGAGGCGAACAAACCGCCACAGCAAUGGAAGCCAACCUCACAAACCUCGAAUCCAAACUCGACGCUUUACUCGCCGCCUUUGAGCAGCUGGAAGAAGAAGAAAAGGGUGGGAAGAACCCGGAAAACGAAGCUCCUAACCAGCAGACCAAGCCAGACGAGAAAUGAAGGGUGGUCUCGUUUUUUUCCUUUUCAUUUUGUUCCUUGGCGUCUUCCUUCUUUGUUUCUUUGCUUCUCUCCUUCUUUGGGCCGUAUACCUGUGUUCGUAAGCGAUUCAAGGUUCAUGAGGAUAUAUAUGAGGCACUGAGUUUUAAACAAAUUGCAUAUAUACAAAUAGUCAUUGCAACUUAGAUAUCACACAAUAAAUGUGUACCAAAACGUCUUAAUACAUAGCACAACAUCAU